AAGAGGUGGUAGCGCUCACCUCCCCGCAGCAGAUGCGCAACGAUCUCUUCCUACUUUUCCAGCGUCCGCUGGCCUGACCGAGGAGCAGAAGGAAUUCCAAAAGGUUGCCCUUGAUUUUGCUGCCAAAGAGAUGGCUCCUCACAUGGCUGAGUGGGAUGAAAAGGAAAUAUUCCCUGUGGAAACAAUGCGGAAGGCAGCCCAGCUAGGAUUCGGUGGGAUCUAUGUGAAACCAGACGUCGGUGGCUCUGGAUUGUCACGACUUGACACCUCCAUAAUCUUUGAAGCUUUAUCGACAGGAUGCACCAGCACCACCGCUUACAUGAGCAUCCACAACAUGUGUGUUUGGAUGAUCGACACCUUUGGGAACGAGGAACAGAGGCACAGGUUCUGCCCAUCGCUUUGUAGCAUGGAAAAAUUCGCUUCGUACUGCCUGACUGAGCCAGGAAGUGGAAGUGAUGCAGCUUCCCUGCUGACCUCAGCUCAGAGGAAAGGGGACAACUACAUCCUGAAUGGCUCCAAGGCCUUCAUCAGUGGGGGAGGUGACACUGAUGUGUAUGUGGUCAUGUGUCGCACCGGAGGCCCAGGCCCCAAGGGCAUCUCCUGCCUGGUGCUGGAGAAGGGGACACCAGGGCUCAGCUUUGGCAAGAAAGAGAAGAAGGUGGGCUGGAAUUCCCAGCCAACUCGGGCUGUCAUCUUUGAGGACUGCGUUGUUCCUGUUGGCAACCGCCUGGGAGCUGAAGGGCAGGGCUUCAGCAUUGCCAUGAAGGGACUGAACGGAGGCAGGAUAAAUAUCGCUUCCUGUUCGUUAGGAGCUGCUCAUGCCUCUGUUCUUCUGGCUCAGGAACAUCUCACUGUCCGCAAACAGUUUGGAGAGCCCCUGGCAAACAACCAGUACCUGCAGUUCCGGCUGGCGGAGAUGGCGACGCGGCUGGUGGCAGCACGACUCAUGGUGCGCUACGCGGCCCGGGCGCUGCAGGAGGGACGGGAGGACGCGGCAGUGCUGUGCUCCAUGGCCAAGCUCUUUGCUACCGAUGAAUGCUUUGCGAUCUGUAACCAGGCUCUGCAGAUGCACGGGGGCUACGGUUACCUGAAGGAUUAUGCUGUGCAGCAGUUUGUGCGAGACAUCAGAGUCCACCAGAUCCUGGAAGGUACCAAUGAGGUGAUGCGGAUGAUUGUGGCCAGGAAUCUGCUCCAGGGCUGA